ACUGUUAAUGAGUGUUUGAUCUGAAUAGAGAAACUCUAGUCCACGGGGAGGCUUCAACUGGUGGAACCCUGAAUGAACUUCCCAGAAAAAACCCGUGAGGAACCUUUCUGGAGAACAUUUUCCAAAAUGGGUUCAUUGGAACCUUUUCUUGAUGGGGAAUCCUCUGAGCGGAACCAGGGAGAGCGGAAGUGGCGCAAGUAUAGGUUGUAACACACACACACACACACACACACGGGUUAUUUGGUGCGCGCGCGUUCGUCUCCUGCAGCAACAAUGUGAAACUCCCUCCGCUCGCGCUGCGCCGUAACCCGAGCCGCGGAAAAAAAAACGGGGAGGAAACAGGCUCGCGCCGCGUACGGUUACCGAAUAACAGGCCCCUCCCCCUUUCUCUCUCUCUCUCUCUCUCUCUCUCUCUCUUUCACUCCCUCUAUCCCUCUCUCAGAGCUCGGAGACGCGGCACGCAGCAGCAGAAGAUGGCUGAGCGCACCGGGCAGCGCGAGCCCCGCGCGGCGGCAGCGUCCUUCUCCCCGUCCCGGUCCCUGGGGCGAACCUGAACCCCGUCCUCCUGUUUCUCUUCCUCCAAACACAAACCCAAAGGUUCCCGGUGUCUGUACCGUCGCUCCGUGCGUCCGCGAGCCCACGUUAUUUAUCCUGAUAUACACACGCGCGCGCAGACACGCACACACGCACGGGGGAAUUUUUUCCUGGUUUUGUUUUCUUUAAUCGCAGCAUGGCGGAAACGGAGAAGGAGGGCAGCAAAGCUCCGGAGAGCAAGAGGAGCCGGAAACCCGCGCACCCCGUCAAGCGCGAGAUCAACGCAGACAUGAAGAGUUUUGCGGAGAACACGAUGAACGAGCUGCUCGGUUGGUACGGGUACGACAAAGUGGAGCUGCGAGACUCAGACGAUAUCGAAAUCCGCAACUAUCCAGAUGGAGAAAUUCGCCAGCACAUCUCCGUCCUGAAAGAGAACUCAUUGCCAAAAGCGGUGAUGCCCGAGGGCGGCUCUUCUCCUCCUCAUGCCAACAGUUCCUCUUCAACUCCUACAUCACGCAAUGGCGUUGCCACGGAGACGCCUGCUAACCCUGCCUCCUCCUCCACUUCCUCGACAACAGUUGCCAAGGAGCAAGGGGGCAUGCCAAUCAUAGUUCCUUUGAUUCCACCCCCACUCAUAAAACCACCAGCAGAGGAGGACAUGUGUAACGUUCAGAUUGUGUGUGCGUGGUGUCAGAAGGUCGGCUUGAAGCGUUACUCCCUCAGCAUGGGCUCUGAACUCAAGAGCUUCUGCAGCGAGAAAUGUUUUGCCGCCUGCCGACGCGCCUACUUCAAACGCAACAAGGCCAGAGAGGAGGAGGCCUCCACGCAGCACAGCAAAGACACGCCCAGACUUGUCCUCAAGACACACAGCGAUGCGCUUUCAGGGGUCAGAGGUGAAGGAGACGCGGGAGACGAGUUGAGAUGUAAACCAGAGGCGCUAAUGUCCGAGGUGUGUGACUGGUGCAAGCACAUCCGCCACACUAAAGAGUAUCUGGAUUUUGGCUCGGGUGAGAGGCGACUCCAGUUCUGCAGCGCUAAGUGUCUCAACCAGUACAAGAUGGACAUCUUUUAUAAAGAAACCCAGGCGGCUCUGCCUGGUGGACUGUGUAACCCUGUUUAUCCGGCCGGAGACGGAAAAACGGAAGCAAAUGCCGGGGUCCAGCUUCUGACUCCUGAAUCUUGGAAUGCACCUUUGGCUGAACUAAGGCCCCGCAAGGCACCAUCACCAGGGGCAACAAUAUCCGGGGCUGGACACUCUGGAUCAGCGUCUGCAUCACCCUCUGAUAACAGCGCCGCAGGUUCAGCGUCUUCAUCAUCCUCAUCUUCGGUGAAAAUCCCCACGCCAAGGCCACAUGAGAGUCCAACAUUACCCCCACCACCACCACACUUGCCACCACCCUCUGCUCCUGGAAUUCACCCUCCAAUGGGUGUGGUGCCUAAUGGAACUCCUCCAAUGGUGAUGACACCACGUGGCCCAAUGCCUCUACCCCUGUUUAUGGAGCACCAGAUGAUGCAGCAAAUACGCCCUCCCUUCCUACGCCCUCCUGGCCCCAACAGCCCCCUUCCAAAUCCCAUGAUUCCCGGAAUCGGGCCACCUCCUCCACCUCGGACCUUGGGUCCUCCAUCUAGUCCCAUGCACCGACCCCUACUUUCACCCCAUGUCCACCCCUCUUCCACGCCAACCUUGCCUGGUAACCCUCCCGGAAUAAUGCCCCCUCAUCCAGGUACCCACAUUCCUGGACUUCCCUUCCCUCCAGUUAACAUCAUGCCACCUGGGCACAUACCAAUACCACCUAUGAUGAACUUUGGCAUGCCAUCACUGGCGCCGUUAGUACCCCCUCCGAUGCUCUUAGUGCCGUAUCCCGUAAUUGUGCCAUUACCAGUCCCCAUUCCCAUCCCUGUUCCUAUCCCGAUCGGUCCAAAGGCAUCAGGCAAUCGCCCCGGGAACGAUGGGACACUUCCAGAAGUUUCUGGUGAGCACAGUGACUCACAGGACUCAUCCUUCUCAUCCAGAGGAGAAAGUGGAGCUCAUAAGCAAAAUUCCUCCAGCUCGGAUGUGCUUUCUCCAGGCAUUUCCAGCCAGGUGGAACAGCACAGUAUGAGCUUGAUUAAAACAGAAAGCACUGGAAGUUCCAGUUUGUCACAUCCAGGAUCUCCUACAGAAGCAACAGCAAAUGGAAUAAUUGACUUGACGACAAGCCGGCGCUCGCGGCAGCAGCUAGUGAUCCAGAGAGCCGCACCAUGCGUGCAGGUAAAGCCCGAGCCUGAAUCAACCACACCCACUGCACAUAGCAUGUCAAGAGUGGGUGAAUGUGAAACAAAUGAGAGAGAUUCUUGCAGCACAAGACCAUUAGAGGACACACAAAAAGACAGAGACACAGAAGCUAAAAGCCCACUGAGCAACAUCACUCUGCCUUGUGCUGACCCUUCAUUCUGCAGUGCUACGCCUCUGCUAUCUCAACCAAUCACAUGCAGCCUUUCAACCCCCCUGGUCAGCAUCGCCGUGACAAAAACAGAGCCAGGUACUGGUACACCUUGUAAUGUGAUUGUCAAUGGCAGUUGCAAUAUGCAGCUCCUAGAACCCGCAGUCCGGACGCCCCCUCCAGAACAGCGCCUUGCUGUGGAAAUGAACCGAAGGACAGCCACAAUCUGUGAUGAGCCAGUUGAGGGAGAGGACCUGAAGGAAAACAGCUGCUCAGCCAUUGAGAGAACCUUAUCCGAGCAGGCUGUCGCACCUGGGCGUGCUGGAGAGGAGAAGUCCCAAGAGGCAGAGGAUGCUGCAUCUGGAGCAGAUCAUGCAUACGCCUUGCCCCUCAUGCCUAAACCGGGCUGCGUCAUUCAGCCUGUGCCAAAACCAGCAGAUAAGACGGCAGCCAUAUUGCCGUGCGGCUUGGAAGCUCCAUUAUCGGUGGCUGGGGCUGCAGACAUGGAGCCGCCAUUGAAAAGGAGGUGCUUGCGCAUCCGCAACCAGAACAAGUGAAGAGAGAAAAAGCUUGCAGACACUCACCAAAGUGACAAGAGCGCAGCACUGCAGCAGAUCCCACCAGUCCACCAAUCAACAUGUCAACACCUGCCUCUGCUCCGCCAGAACCUUUUCUACAGGCUCGAUCAUGUCUUAGUUAAAUAAAUAACUGCACUUCCCACCUAUAUGAUCUCAUAACAGACUGAUCCCAAGGAUUCCUUUGAAGGACAAAUUUUCAAUUGUCCUUUCAAUUUCCGGUUUAUCAUGGUCCUUCAUUUCUCAUCACUGUUUGGUCAUAUUCUAUCUACACAGACGUGUCUCCCUCUACAGGACUGGCGCGGCGAUGCAGUGCUAAGGAUCGUAAUGUACAUAAAGAAUCGUGACAGGGCCAAAACAUGGGUGAUUAAGCCAAAACAGCAAUUCUGAAAGGUCCAGUGGACUGCCAAUGAAACAUGCAAAGAUGGACAGGACCAGAUCCUGAACAGUCCCCGAAGCGGGCUUUAAACAUGGCCUUAAACAUGAGGCUUGCCGCUCAAAUGUGCCCACAGAUGACAGACAAGUAUUUUUUGUUAAGUUUCAGUGUUCAGACAAGUCUGCGUUUGUCGAUAUGAGGUGAAAGCGAAAGAGCUGGAGCUCUGGGAUGCCGGUAGUGUCACACUUUAGAUAGACAGAGUGCCAAGAAAGUAAUGAGAAAAGGUCACUGUGGUCAUAUCCUUUGGUGACAUUUUUUUUUUAUACUUCUACUUCUUUCUUUGGCACCACCAGCAAGACACUGAAAUGUUUCUCUAUGUCCUUUCUGGUCUCCAGAAUGGUCUGAAAAUGUCAAACAAUACUCCCCCUGCUGGAACAGAACAGACAUCGACAGAAAAUGAAAAAAAGAGGAUUGCAGUGCCGAUGAAGACUAGUAUUUAUAGACAGUUUGCAGGUUGCCAGUUGUGGUGGUGUUUAAAAGGGAAGGAUGUGCAAUGUAAACUGUCAUUGAGGCAUGGACGACAGGGUAGAAACGACAUGGCUUAAGUUAAACCAGGAGUCUCAACAUCCAGCCUCCAACCGAAACCUGGAGAUCAGCAGAUCGAGGGACAUGUCAAUCACUAUUUUAUAAUAUGGGCAUGAAAUGAGACAUGCAUAGUGGUGCUUGAGGGUCCUGAAGUCCAGCAUAGUGGUGAUUUUCCUGCUCUAACACAACUAUUAAACUGGGUAACUGGGUUAAAUCGGUGUCUUCGUGUCAGGGAAUCUACAAGCUGUGCUGGACUCCAGUUCCUCACCCUUCUACGACUCUAGUGGAAUAGCUCAAUAAAUCAUCUCAUUAUUACGUUAGCCAAAUGAGUCCAUAGGAAUCCAUAGGCCUGCUGUCAGUUCAGUCACACUAAUCAACCUCAAUCAAUCAGUCAUUGGUUAAACCAUGAAGCACGAGGUCCGGGUUUACUGAGGUCUGUCUUUUUUGGUGUCACGGUUAAGUUAUAAUGUUUUGCCAACUUGCUGAUUUUGUUGAGUGGCCAUUAUUUUGCCAUCCCAAGCAGAAAUGUUUUUGGUUUCUGGUUUAUCAGGUUUACCAAAUUUGUGGAAUAGACAUGCUAUGGUAGGCAGAAAUGACACAAUCUAUGCUAUGGUAGGCAGAAAUGACACAAUCUAUGCUAUGGUAGGCGGAAAUGCACACAGGCAUGGUUCCGAUAAGAAGAGAAAAGAUGAGGUUAAAUAUAACUGGUGUUAAACUUUAAGCAAAAAACAAAACAAAAAAACACAUCCAUCAGAUUUGUUUAAAGGGAGUUUGAGGCAACCAUCAAAAGGCUCCAUGCCAAAAACUGAAGAAAGCUAAAACACCAAAUUAACACAGACUAAAUCCUCGAGGAAAGACCUGAAGAAACAAACCAGCAAAGUUAAAAUUCUAACUUACAAUGUGGUGAUCUCUUGUUCCGUAAGAGUUUAAUUCAAAGCCUGUAGAGUGUGUGUGUGUGUGUGUGUGUGUGUGAGAGAGAGAGGUUCAGGUCUUGCCAAGAACCUGAGGCAUUUCAGUCUGUUUUGUUUUCCUAAAUCAUUAUGAAAGAAAAACUUGGCUGUCACAAAGGGGGCAUGAAACGAUGUGAGAACUUGCUGAGGAAAUCGUAUAUCGUUUUUGGGUGUCAGAAAAAGUCAAGGUCGUUCUGAGAGGAUCUGUGUUGUAACAUCACACUAAAAUAUCAUCUCCCAUUUA